AUGGCCUCUUAUAGGCCUUUCCCACCUCCGCCGGCGAGUCAAAACCCUAUCGCACAACCACCACAACCACCACUGCAUCCGAGAGGUGGUAAUAAUAAUUGGGGUGGUUACGGUUACAGUGGUGGUGGUGGUGGUGAUUCGUCUACUUCAUUCCCUCAAAUACCUCCUAAUUCAAAUUAUCAACAUCAUCACCAUCAUCAUGCUCCUCCACCUCCACCACCUUCAAAUUACUAUCCAUAUCCACCACCACCACCUCCGCCUCCUGAUAAUUCAUAUCAGCCACCGCCGCCACCACCGUCAGCUCCUAUGUAUUAUCCUUCUAACAAUCAAUAUAAUCAUCAACAACCACCACCUCCGCCUCCUCCUUUGUCACCGGGUUCUUCCAUGCCACCUCCACCUCCUCCUCCUCCUCCAACCUCCCCGCCUCCCCUUUCUCAUAACAACGAUGAAAGAGCAAUCAACAAAGGGUCAUCUGGCAGGCGUGACGGAGUUUCACAUAGACAGCAGCAAAAGCCUUCUCAUCCGCAUCCUCCAAGGAAGGUUGAGACGGAUGAAGAGAAGAGGAUGAGGAAGAAGAGGGAGUUUGAGAAACAAAGGCAAGAUGAAAAACAUAAGCAGCAGAAGAAGUUGAAGGAAUCACAGAAUAGUGUUCUGCAGAAGACUCAGAUGGCUUCAUCUGGGGGGACUGGAAAGGUGCAUGGUUCUAUUGCGGGGUCUCGAAUGGGAGAGAGGAGAACUACUCCCUUGUUGAGCAGCGAGAGGGUUGAAAAUAGAUUGAAGAAGCCGACCACUUUUUUGUGUAAGCUCAGAUUUCGAAAUGAGCUUCCGGAUCCAACUGCACAACCUAAGUUAAUGGCAUUCAAGAAAGAUAAAGAUCAAUAUGCAAAAUAUACAAUCACGUCUCUGGAGAAAACGUACAAACCCAAACUUUUUGUGGAGCCUGAUCUUGGGAUACCUCUGGACCUGCUUGAUCUCCUUUUCGAUGUUCUUCCGAAAUGUUCUGAUGUUGUCUCUCCCUAUAUGUUUUCUGGUGAGUCCUGA